AGCUGAUCGACUGAAAGCGGAGAAUUAUGCAAAUGAGAAAACUAGCUGUUGCCAAACUGAAGCUUCCGUGCCUGUUUGACUUCAGUUGCAAGGGGAGCCUUGUUUAAUUCUUUAAACAUAUAGAUAAAGAGGGGAAGCCUCCUGCCACCUAGGAUGGUCGUCCGCCCAUGUGGCAACUGGGGAUUGGCCGGUGGUGCUGCCAGUUCAGCUGCUCAUCUCUGUACGGCUAUGGCAGGAUCUCUCAUAACCGUUGGACAAUUUCGUCGAUUUUCUGUUGGACAAUUUUCUUUUUUGGGUUCCGUUCGGGCUGCUUCUCUUCAUUCUGCCUCCUGCUCGCUGGUUUCUGCUAUCGCUUGUUUGCUGUUUGCUGUGCUUAUGAUAUUGGCUGCGGCGUCCCUGUUCCUCUUGGUGAUCCUUUUGCUUUGGAGGCGUGUGCUCCUUUUUUCUGGCUCUUGGCAUCAGCAUCGGUAUACUCCUUGUUGCCAUGAGCUGGAAUAGGUGUUCCUCCUGUUUCUACUU